AUGAUCGAAACAAAGUCCGCCUUUAGCGAAGUCCCCUCCUAUUCCAAGCCCACCACAUCCGUCAGCACCCAGGCAGUCGAGUACCUCGAACAAGAACCCCCCAUCCCGCCCUUCGACCCAGCAAUCCACUUGAACUUCCAACCCCCUGCCAAACGGUACACCUUUACUGAGCUCGGACUCCCUGUCCCAAAGGGCGUUCCAGACCUCUGCUACACAGAGCCCUUCCAGCUCUUCUCCGAGGAAGGAGUCCGCAUGCUCCGCCGAGAGAUAUUCCGCCGUUCAUUCCUGGAUAAGUAUAUGCGAUCCUGGGAACGAGCACCAUGCAUUAUCACCGGAUUCUCUCUUUAUGAUGAGGACGCAACAUUCAUAAAACAAGCAAUGACCCACCCCGUCACCCAAGCCGCCGUGAACUUCGCCUUCGGGGCCGAACUCCAAUUCCGAAACGGGAUUAACGACAUGGGGUACGUAAACGUACAGCUCGGAGCAGAGGGGAUGAAAGGCGUUUACAGGCUCGGUGAAACUCCGUCGAAAUCGCUUCCAGCUGGUGAGCAGAUGAGUGUCUCUGAGUACGACGACGUUCCCAUCGACGGGUGGCAUAAGGACCAGACCCCCGUUGUACUUGUGCUCAUGCUAAGUGAUACAUCGACCAUGGCAGGCGGGGAGACGGCCGUGCGCAUUGGCGAUGGGAACGUGAUUAAUGCUGCGGGGGCUGGGAUGGGCGCUGGUGUGAUGAUGGCUGGUGCGUAUCUGGAGCAUGCGGCGCUCAGGGCGAGUAACUGUCUGGAACGGGUGAGUAUGGUGAACAGUUACAACUUUGCGGAUCCGAAUGCAGACGACACGGGGACGUCGUUGGCGAGUGUGCAUUAUACACAUGAUAGCCAUGCCAUGAUCCGGAAUCUGUUUAUGGAGCAGAAGUUGACGAGACUACGGGACCGGUGUGAUAUUGCCCUGCGGCGCGUCCAGGAGAGGAGACGGAGGGGGGAGGAUCCGGAUAGGGAGGAGAUUGAGGGCUGGAUUAGGGAUCAGAUUCACUUUUUGAAGCAUACUGGAUGGGAGACCUUUCAUCGUAUUCCGGAUUAUGUUCAUACGACGAGGCCGGAGGGUGCGUUGAGGGAUUAUCUUGCUGAUGUGUAG